CCUCGUGCCCCUGCACUUCGACCCGGUACUGGUACUUCCUGUAUACAGCCAUGUUAUUUUACUCAUUAUUGUUAUUAUUUUACUUUUCCAUUUCUGUAUCUUUAACUCUGCAUUGUUUGGAAAUUGCCGGUAAGUAAGCCUUUCACUGUUAGUCUACAGUUGUUUUUUACGAAACAUGCGACAAAUACAAUUUGAUUGAUUUUAUUUGACACACACAGACGCCCACGCACAAAUACUUACAAACAAGCAAAAUACAAAUGUCUGUGGAAAAUUAUCUGUGACUUCUGGAUCAAGCUGUCCCAGAGCAAUCGCGGGAUUGGUCUAAACUGCAGGGACAGUUUCAGUCCUUAGCCAACAGAAAAUACAGAAUUUGUACAGCUGACAUGGAUUCUGAAAACACGUAAGUAAAGUACUAAUGCAUAAAAUUCACAACUAAAUAUAUUAUUUACAAACAUCUGUCUCACCGUGCAGGUGGUGUUUCAUUAAAUUGAGAAAGAGAAAAUGCCAGUGGUGGCAACGGAGAGAUAUGGCUCCCUCGAGUCAUGGAAAUAUCAGUUGAAGGAUGGAGUAAUGGAGAGAGAAAGAGAAGGGGGCAACGGUGGGACGACUGGAAAAAACAUCAUUGGCGUGUUCAAAGUGCUCCUGCCUGUCUGGCGCUGCCAGAGUCGUCCUUCACUCCGGCGCUGCCGGAAUCUCCCGUCCGUCCGGCGCUGCCGGAGUCGUCCUUCACUCCGGGGCUGCCGGAAUCUCCCGUCCUUCCGGUGCUGCCGGAAUCUCCCGUCCAUUCGAGACCCGUGGCGAGGGUCCCCAGUCCGAGGUCGGCGGCAAGGGUCGCUGCUCAUAAGAGGCCACGGGGGCGGUUGAGGAGGCGGACAAAAACUAUGGUGAGGUGGGUCCACGUCCCGCGCCAGAGCCGCUACAGCGGACAAGUGCCUACCCAAACCCUCCACUAUAGGUUCAGGUUUUGCGGCCGGAGUCCACACCUUUGGGGGGCGGGGGCAGUCUGUUUGUUUUUCUAUGUUGGUUUUUGCGUUCGACCUAGUAUGGUUCUCAAUCAGAGGCAGGUGUCGUUAGUUGUCUCUGACUGAGAAUCAUACUUAGGUAGCCUUAUUCCACCUGGGUUUCGUGGGCGUUUAUUUUCCAUGUUUGUGUUUGUGCCACACGGGACUGUUUCGUUUGUUUCACGUUGUUUGUUUUGUAUUUUGUAGUGUUCAUAUUUUUUCUUAUUAAAUUAUGGACACUUACCACGCUGCAAAUUGGUCCGAUCUAUCUUACUCCACAUCAGAGGAGGACGACGAACAUUACACUAGUAAGCAACUAAUUCUAAAACACUGAGAAAUAUAGAAAUGUAUGCAAUUACAAAUUAAAUUACCCUCCCCUGGACUAUAUUUAAAAAAUACUAAACCCUCCCCUUGACUGAAAUUGAAAAAGCAUGACCCUCCCUCAUUAUCCUCCAGGUACCCAUACUGUACAUUUCAACCCCCCCCCACUCUUUCUUUCUCACUCUCUCUCAUAUCUCUCUCUCUCUCUGUCUCUCUCUGUCUCUCUCUGUCUCUCUCUGUGUCUCUGUCUCUCUCUCUGUCUCUGUCUCUCUCUGUCUCUCUCUCUCUCUCCUGCUAGAGUGUUUUCUUGCCUCAGGGGUAUACAGAGUGUGUCAGUGGCGAUUACCUGCAGUAUCAAUUUUGGGAUACUCUUCAGGCCUUCUCCAGUUCUCUUUCUGGUACUCUUGGUACCCAGGCCUCUUUAAGGGGUGUUGGUGUUGGAAACCAAGAGGCAACAGUUGCUGCUGCAACAAUUACCUGGUUAUUACGAGGAAUAAACUAGACUCUGAUACCAAACAAUGGAGGUAGGGAUGUCAAGCAUCACCAAAUCCAUUGUCGGGGUUGCAGGGGGGGCCACCAGAGCUGCUUUGACUCUUCACCAAGCUCGCAGAGACAACAUGGCGGACAUCUCUGCCAAAGAUGGCAGCCAGGAGACUUUAGUGAAUCUGGCUGGCCUGCUGGUCAGUCUGAUCCUUAUUCCUCUUGUCACUGACAGUCCACUAUCCUCGGGCUGAUGUUCGUCCUCUUCUUCCUAUUCACCAUCCUCCACCUUUUUUCAAAUUAAAAAGCAGUGCAUUCGGUUGUCAUGGAGACACUCAACGAAGCUCGGCUUGCUAUUGUGCUCCACCAAUACCUGAGAGAUGGACGGGUCCUCGGUCCAGUAGAGGCCAAUCAUAAAGAGCCUGUAUUCUUGGAGUUCAGGAGGACCAUGCCAAUCAAACUGGGAGUGAGGCUAGGGGAACUUGUUUAUACGUCAGAAGACCUUAAUUUGGCCAUGAAAAACAACCACAAGCCCUUCCUUAUCGGAGUCAAAUGUGAUCAUUGGGAGCUGGUGCAUGAGAGUCAUAAACUUAUGGACCAAAUCUUUCAGCCAUUCCUCAAAGGGGUCACAUGUCAGGAUGCACCGGACUGGGGACACGCACUUCAGGGAGAGUGUGAGGAGUAGGCACAGGACGUACCUGACUGGGAAGGUGCACUUGAGGGAGAGUGCGAGGAGCAGGCACAGGACGUACCGGACUAGGGAAACGCACUUCAGGGAGAGUGUGAGGAGGAGACACAUGAUGUACCGGACUGGAGAGGUGAACUUGAGGCCAGAAGCGUGGAACCGGCACAGUUUGCACCAGACUGCUAACCGGAUCCUCUGGUCGAAUGUUGAGCAGAACACACUUGCACAACAUCUCUCUCAUCUCACUCUCUCCCAACUUCGCCCUUGCCUCCCUGACAGUCUUUGGCUCUUCCCUCUGCUCAGUCGCCAGCUCCAUGUGCCUCCCCCAAAAAACUUGGUUGUUCUUGGGCUUUCUGUAGCCACGAACCCUGUCGUCAUCGCUGUCCUCCAUUAUGUCCUUCUGAUGUCCAGAAAUCCUUCACCUGGUGAACACGCUGAUUGGUCCUGGUUUGAUGGGAUAUUCUGUCACGGUAGUCGAAAUAAAUAUCGGACCAAGGCGCAGCAGAUGUUGAGUUCCACAUAAUUGAAUGAUAAAGUGAAACUUAACAAAGACAAAAAACAAAUAAACAAUAAACUAACAACGAACUGUGACUACAGAGGUGCUAUGUGCACUCAAAACAAUAUCCCAUAAAACACAGGUGGAAAAAAUGCGUCUUAAAUAUGAUCCCCAACGAGAGACAGCAAUCACCAGUUGCCUCUAAUUGGGAACCAUAUCAAGCACACUAACCUAGAAAUAUGAAAACUAGAAUACAACAUAGACAUACAUAUACUAAAUCACCCCCCUAGUCACGCCCUGACCUGCUAUACCAUAGAGAAACAUUGGUUCUCUAUAGAGAAACAAUGGUUCUCUAUGGUCAGGGCGUGACAGUCACGUAUCAAUGCCCUUUUAUGGACAUCCUGUCCGGAUGUUCUCACGCUAUAGAGUGAGUGCUUACCUAAUAUGAUAGUGCAGCU